UAUUUCUUUCCUUCACAAACACGCUCAGUUCAAAUGUGGCGAAAAAGAAAAAAGAAAAAGGAAAAAAGGGAAAAAAAAAACAGAAGAAAAAUGUCUUUGGCUUCUUCAACUCUUCUUCUUCUGCACGUUCCCAUCCACAAUAAGUCUACUCCGAUUCCUUCUCUACACUUGCACCGCUCCUCUCUCUAUAAAACCAUAACCAGAAAAACCCUAAUUCCCAAAUUUCCCAAUUGCCCAACGCCGACGAAGACGACGAUGGUCCACGCCGGCAAUGUUCCGACCGCCGUGUCGGAGGCCGUGAGGUUGAUCCAAUCGUCGCCUCCCACGUGGCAGUCCGCCAUUCUCAGCAACUUUGUGAUCUUCGUUCUGGGUUCUCCGAUUCUGGUCGGUGGGCUUUCUUUCUCCGGCAUUGUAGCUGCUUUCCUGCUGGGAACUCUCACUUGGCGCGCUUUUGGACCUUCUGGUUUUCUCCUUGUAGCCACAUAUUUCGUCAUUUUGGAUUUUCAAGAAGCUAUUCAGCAAUCAUUUGAGUUUGAGGGCACGGCAGCAACAAAGGUGAAAAUGGCGCAAAAGGAGGCUCAGGGAGUAGCUGAGAGGAGGAAAGGAAGAAGAGGACCUGGCAGUGUUAUUGGUUCCAGCACUGCCGGUUGUAUCUGCGCUUUUCUGUCGAUAUUUGGAGUAGGGGGAAAGGCUUACUCCCGCAUCUGGGAACUAGGAUUUGUUGCCAGUUUCUGUACUAAGUUGAGUGAUACCAUUGCAAGUGAGAUAGGAAAGGCAUAUGGCAAAACAACGUAUCUAGUUACAACAUUUAAAGUAGUCCCAAGAGGAACAGAAGGAGCUGUUAGUGUUGAGGGAACCUUUGCUGGAGUUUUAGCCUCAAUUCUCCUUGCGUCUGUUGCUUGUCUCAUGGGUCAGAUAAAUGCACCUGAAACAGUUAUAUGCGUACUGGCUUCCCAAAUUGCCAAUCUUGGCGAGAGCAUAAUAGGUGCCGCUCUUCAAGAGAAGGAAGGAUUUCAAUGGCUCACCAACGACGCUGUGAAUGUCAUAAACAUAACGAUGGGCAGCAUUUUGGCGGUGUUGAUGCGGCAAUUUGUCCUUCAAAACUGGUGGAUGUAACUUUCCUUUGGACCCUUUCAUGGGGUACCUGGUGUCUUGAUAUAUGCCAACGAAGUUCUAACAAUGAAGAAAAUAUAUACGGCAUUUUAUACACUGUAAGACAUACCGCUACAAUCUACUCAGGGCAGAGUCUGGGAUUACUGAUUUGGCAAUAUUCAAAUCUAGAUAUAAAACCAAUAUUUUUUUU